AUGACUUCUUCUACUACCAAAACUUGCUCAGACUCAACAACGGUCAAGAUAUCAGUAAAUGGUCAAUUUUCGGAUAGAAAUUCACCUGGAAUCGUCAAAGGUGGAUCCCAUCGGUAUCUGAUUCCACAGUUCAAUUCUGCAAAAGACAAGCGCAAAUGGGCGUUGCAACAUAUGGCUGGUGCGUUUAGAGUCUUUGCUCGAAAAGGUUACACUGAAGGUACUAUUGGCCACGUUUCCCUUCGUGACCCAAUAGAUACUACAACGUUUUGGAUUAACCCUAUGGAUAAACAUUUUGGAUUAAUUAAAGUUAGUGAUUUAGUUCAUUGUGAUCAAGAUGGACAUGUGUUGCCUACUGGAAACCAAGCUGCUAUCAAAACGGCGGGUUUCCUUAUGCAUUCUGCUAUUCAUAAAGCGAGGCCCGAGGUUCAUGCUGCUUGUCAUUUCCACUCGACUUAUGGCAAAGCGUGGAGCUGCUUUGGUAAAGAAUUGGACAUGAUUAAUCAAGACGUAUGCAUAUUCUACAAGCGUCAUUCUGUGUACCCCGAGUUUAACGGAGCUGUGUUGCAUGCAAAAGAAAGCGAGAGAAUAGUAGAGGCUUUAGGUCGUGGUAAAGGGAUCAUAUUGCAAAAUCAUGGGUUGUUGACAGUUGGCUCUACCAUUGACGAAGCUGGAUAUCUAUUUACAUUGCUAGAGAAAUCGUGUCAGAUUCAAUUGCUAGCCCAGCUGGCACUGAAGUCCGGCGAAUCGUUAAAAGUAAUUGGUGAAAAAGAGGCGGAAUAUUGCGAAAAUAAACAUGGUGGUCCUGAUGCUUUGUAUACUGAGUUCCAGCCAGAUUUAGAAAUGGAAUUUCACUUGAACGACGAUUUCUUGAACUAA